AUUGGCCAAAAGUUUAUAGAGGGCGGGCCUCGCUCACUUUCAUUGGUCAGUUGAUCCCUGUGGUCCCAUCCCCCAUGCUCCCAUUGGUUAAUUGAUCGAAAAGGGCGGGGAUUCUGGCCAGCAGUUGCGGAGUGCCGCAGGUCCACAGUGCUGCACUGAGCAGAGAGGAAGGGGCGUCCCGGGAUAUUUGGAGGAUAAAGGUGUGGGCAGGCGUGAUGACCACACCUGCCGGCUCCGGCAGGGGCUUCGGCUCCGUGUCCUGGUGGGGCCUGUCCCCGGCGCUGGACCUGCAGGCUGAAAGUCCUCCUGUGGACCCAGAUUCCCAGGCCGAUACGGUGCACAGCACCCCCGAGCUAGACGUGCUGCUUCUGGGCUCUGUGGAUGGACGGCACCUGCUGCGGACGCUGUCCCGAGCGAAGCUCUGGCCUCGCAGGAGGUUCAACGUGAGCUGGGAUGGAGAUGAGAGCCCAGAUUCCCAAGUCCUUGAGGGAAGAAGGGAUUGGAAUUCUAAAACCUCAGUUCUUUGUGCUGGAGAAUAAUCUGGAAGCUGUGGCCCGACACAUGUUGAUCUUCAGCUUAGCCCUGGAGGAUCCGGAGAAGAUGGGGCUGCAAGAGCGGAGCGAGACCUUCCUGGAGGUGUGGGGGAACGCGCUGCUGCGCCCGCCGGUGGCUGCCUUCGUGCGCGCCCAGGCCGACCUGCUGGCUCACCUGGUCCCCGAGCCGGACCGCCUGGAGGAGCAGCUGCCCUGGCUCAGCCUCCGCGCCCUCAAGUUCCGCGAGCGGGACGCCCUGGAGGCCGUGUUCCGCUUCUGGGCGGGCGGCGAGAAAGGGCCCGAGGCCUUCCCCAUGAGCCGCCUCUGGGAUUCGCGGCUGCGACACUACCUGGGCUCCCGCUACGACGCCCGGCGCGGUGUCAGCGACUGGGACCUGCGCAUGAAGCUGCAUGACCGCGGGGCCCAAGUCAUUCACACCCAGGAGUUCCGACGCUGGCGGGACACAGGCGUCGCCUUUGAACUCAGGGACUCCAGCGCCUAUCACGUGCCCAACCGGACCCUGGCGUCGGGUCGCCUCCUGAGCUACCGCGGGGAGCGCGUGGCAGCGCGCGGGUACUGGGGGGACAUCGCCACGGGGCCCUUCGUGGCCUUCGGCAUCGAAGCAGACGACGAGAGCCUCCUGCGGACCAGCAACGGACAGCCGGUCAAGACGGCCGGGGAGAUCACGCAACACAACGUGACAGAGCUGCUCCGCGAGGUGGCCGCCUGGGGGCGCGCGAGAGCCAGCCGGGGGGACGCGGAGGAGCAGCAGAGCUCGGAGGCAAGCCCGGAGCCAGGGACUCCAGCAGCCCCGACCCCAGAAUCAUUCAUUGUCCACUUCCUGCCGCUCAAUUCUGCUGAGACUCUCCACCACAAAAGCUGCUACAAUGGCCGGUUCCAGCUCCUCUAUGUGGCCUGUGGGAUGGUCCAUCUUCUCAGCCCCGAGCUUGGGGCCUGUGUGGCACCUGGAGGGAACCUGAUUGUGGAAUUAGCCCGGUACCUGGUGGACGUGCGGCAGGAGCAGCUGCAGGGAUUCAACACCCAGGUCGGGGAACGCGCUCGGGCAGCUGGAUUUGCUCCACAGACUGAGGCCAGGCCCUCAGAGACCUUCGCACGUUUCUGCAAGUCCCAGGAAUCGGAUCUGGGCAGCACUGACCCAGCUGUGGAAACUCCGUCCCUUGACGUCCUGGCCCAGCCUCUUGAAGCCAGCAGCCCAGCCCCUGAGGGCCUGACCCAGCCUCUGCAGGGCGGGACCCCACACUGUGAGCCCUGCCAGCUGCCCUCUGAGUCUCCAGGUUCACUCUCAGAGGUUCUGGCUCAGCCCCAAGGGGCUUUGGCUGUGUCCAACUGUGAGUCAGACUCCAAAACUGGAGUCUGACCCAACCCCUAGAUACCCCUUAUCUCCAACUUCCAAAGUCAGGUUGUAGGAUGAGAACCCGCUGACACCAUUCUUAGCCCGCUGCUAGAGUCCUCAAUUUUAUUCUAAUCAUUCCCACUCAGUACGCGCCACCCCUACCCUGGGAGCGUUGGUAGAAUUUCAAAUUCCAUUUCUGAGAUUCUAUUUCUAAAAUUCUAGAUUGUUCUCUCAGAAUUCCAAAUUCCACUUCUGAGGCUCUGAACCCAGUCUAGGAUCUGACCCUGAGUCUCAAGCCCUUGACUUUGGCCCCCUUGUUCCCAGGCACCCUGUGGCUGACUGGGGGCUGGGGUGUCUCCUCACCAGAGCCUAGUCAGCACCCAGAUGGUUCAAGUAAAGCAAGUUAUGACCACC